GACAGCUUCAUUCACUUUCAAGAGUGUCAGGAGGGCUCGAUUAUUAUCACAGUUUUGUUGUGAAGCUGUUUUGCGAACUGCUGAAGAAAAUGUUUAUUUUCAUCUGCUUGUUCUCAUGCAGGCUGGCUGGUGUGUUUGGUGAGUCAGUGUCAGUGAUGGAGGGAGAUUCUGUCACUCUAAACACUCAUCUUACUGAAAUACAGAGAGACGGUCUUAUAAUGUGGAAAUUUGGACUCGUUCUCAUAGCUAAAAUCAACGCAAAAGACAAUAAGAGAGAUUUUUAUGAUGAGAGAUUCAAAGAUCGACUGCAGCUGGAUCAGACUGGAUCUCUGAACAUCACGAACACCAGAACCACAGACUCUGGAUUUUAUAAAGUAACCAGCAGCAGAACAGAGAAGCCGCUCAACACAUUCAAUCUUACCGUCUAUGCACGUCUGCCUGUUCCUAUAAUCAGCAGUACCUCUUCACAAAAUCCACCACCAUCAUUAUCAUCUUCAGUAUCCAAAUGUCUGUUGCUGUGUUCAGUGGUGAAUGUGAGUGAUGUGACUCUCUCCUGGUACAGAGGAAACAGUUUAUUGUCCAACAUCAGUGUGUCUGAUCUCAGCAGAAGUCUUUCUUUACAUCUGGAGUGUCUGGAUGAUUCUUACAGCUGUGUGAUCAACAAUCCCAUCAGCAACCAGACUCAGCAUCUCAACACCACUGAACUCUGUCAGCCAUGUUCAGAUGUAAGUCAGAUAGUGCUGAUUUCUGCUCCUGGGUCUCUGUUGAUCAUAGCUGCAGUUGGGAUCUUCUGCAUCUGCAGGAAACGCAGAAAAACAGAGCAAGAAGGCAAG